AUCAUAACCCCAAUGGCUGAUGGGGGGAUGAGAUUGAGGAGAAGGCUGAGCUGAACUCUGAGAGAGAGAGAGAGAAAAGACAAGCGACAUUUGGGGGAGCUGAAAUUUAGGGAUUCUGCUCAGGACUUUUUGAUUUGCGGAAGAUUUUUGUGUUAUAUUCGCCGGAGUUGUGUUGAUUUUGCUGUUUCCGGCGGGAUGCGUUUCCAUUUCUGUGUAAAUUAUGCCGGAAUCAGUGUCUGAUGAUACGCAUCGAAUAUCUUAAUACAAAUCGGAGGAAAGCUAUUGAUGAAGACGAAUAGAGAGGCGAAGACAGGUUCUGCUCUCGGUUCUAAUGGUGGCCACAGAAGAAGGCAGAGAGCAAGCUGCUUCAGAGAUUCUUCGGUUAAAGGCGGCGUGGUGGAGUUGCAGGAAUCUGUAAAUCUGAAGGAGAAAUCGAAGAAAUAUCGUAAUCGAGAGAGGAUGAAGACGAGUGGAGUCAAGAGGAGAAGCGGUAAGAGAUUGGCGAGCAAUAACAAGGAUUCUGGAGGAGACGAGUCCUCAGAGGAGAGUGUUAACGAUGAAGACGAAGAGACCUCCGCCGUGACCAACGGCGGCGUCAGGUUGUUGCCUGGUCCGAUUUCUGAUCGCCGCCAUCACCACAACCACAGCAUUAGUCUUAGUAAUAGUAAUAACAGUAUUAUCACCAAUAAUCACCUUCAACAUGUGAAAACCUUUCCUCCUGGUUCCUCUUCCUCCUCCUCUUCCUCUAAGGUUUUCAGAACAUCUCCUGUUUGGAAGUCCGGUGACGACAUGAUCAAUGUUCCGAGGAAAGCUCGCUCUGUAUCCAGCAAGAGGCCACGGCAUCGGAUUUCGAGCUGCGUUAAUAACAAGAAAGGGAUUGGAGCUGCUGGAGAAGAGAAGAUUCUGUGGCGGCCGUUGAGGUCUCCAACAGCUGCUCAUAUGUCUCCAUCUUCUUCCAAUGCUUCCUUGAGAAAAAAGCUUAAAUCCAGCAGGAACAUUGCCGGUUCUAAGGUAAAACCACCCAAAGCAUCAUCAGAGCAGAGUUUUACAAAUCCCGACAAGCUGGAAAUUGAAAUUGCUGAGGUGUUAUACGGUUUGAGAACCCAAUCACGAGUUCCAGUAAAGGAAGAAGAUGGGAGAGCAGAUAGUAGAUCGAAUUCAGACCCUAAAUCAAAAUCACUUGAAGCUGCUGGUGCAGCAAAGAGAAAGAGGCCAAGAGAAGUAAUUGAGAAGAUGAGCAACAAUGCAAGUAGCCUAGAGAUGGAUCAGACUCCUCAGAGCGAGUUAUCAUCUCAAAAUCUUGAGAAAAAGUCCAAAAACGGGGUUGAAUUGGGAGACAAAUCGGUCAAUUUACAAGAACACCCACAGGAAUUAAACCCGGAAUGCGAAGAUUUCAUAGCCAAGGAAGAUGAAAGCUUCCCUAAGGCUAAAGAAUCUUCUGCAGUGAAGUGUGUGGGUGACAUCUGCAGGGAUUUGUCAUCGACAGCAACGGCGGAAGAUUCGACUGCUGCUGCAAUGAUAGAAGCGGAUUCAAUCAUUUCUGAAGCAAAAGCUCCGGGAGAACAAAAGCUCAGUAUAGAUCCAAUGGCUCCGGCCCCACAUGGUCGGGAGAUCACCGAUAACAAAACGCCGACGGCCAGGGAGCUAGCUUCAUCUAAUAUUGAUGCUGCAGGCCUGAAAGCAGUCAAAAAUGGAGAAGAUCUAAUUCCAAAUAAACGUGGUCAAUUAAAGAACACUGCCCAUUUGGCCACACCCAUGUCGGGUUGUCCUGGUGGCUUUCAUUCAGUGGGAAACAUGGCCCCAUAUGCAUCAAUGGAUGCUGCUCCAGCACCACCUGCCCCACCAUUAUAUUCUCAAUGUCGGUCGAAAAGGUGUGCUACACAUGGCUACAUUGCUCGGAAUAUACAGUGUCUCCAGCAAUUUAUGAAGAUUAACAACCCCUUUUGGCAAGCAGCUGUUGGUUCUGCAUCUCUUCUAGGCUUUAAUUCAAAUAAUCUCAAUCCCAUACAUCACACUCGUUCCGAAGAAAAGGGUCGCACCGUUAGCGGUAACAGCAAAGGUUUCCAUACUGCAUUGCCCCGAGCGGCACCUCCGAGUAAUUUCAUGGGGUCUUCGACUAUCGCCCCUAAUAAUCAGCAUCAAGCCGUGUUUGCGCAGCCCAGUUCGAUCAACUCCGGUUCGACUACAGCCGGAGUCGCUUUGUCGAUCUCGUCAACAACGCCGAUGAGGGCAAUGAGCUACAACUACUCCGGCAUGGCUAUCGCCGACCGACACUACUUAUCUUUCUUGCAGAAUAAUCCUUUCCAUUUCAGAAUGCCGCCGACCUUCAACGGCGCGCCAAUUAUUCCCGUCGUCAACGGUUCAUUCUAUCCUCCCCAGAUGAUCCAGCCGUUCAUGCAAUUUCCGAAAGCCAGCCAAAACGCUACCUUGUCGAGCAAUUCCGCGCCGUCUCAAAAUCUUUCGCCGAACCUGCCGAAACAGCCGCAAGAUUUUGGCUCGAUGGCUCGGCCGAGUGGAAUUAAUAUUCGUAGCGACUCGACAUCGAUGGCGCAAAACCGCGCCGUCUUUCAAAGUUUCCCGGAGGCUAACCGACGUUACGUUAAUAUGGCAGGAAACGAGAGUUCCCGUCGAGUGCCAAGCCCUAACCUAUCGACUAACGUUCAACCGACCUUUAAACUCAGACGUCUCGAGCAACACGUUGGAAAUGCACCCAAUGACGGCCGCGACAGGAACGGAUUAUCAGAUCGAUGCACCCAGCAGCAGCCCAAAAUCUCGUCUUUGCCGUGGACUGUCGAGAAUUCGAUUCCCGUCCAGCCGGGUUUCCUGUCGUUCCCGAAUGCGUAUUCCCGUCAAGCGGGAUUUGAAGUCGAGCGGAGACUGCCCAACCUGCGGCAAGCGGCGGUGUCGACUGCCGGACAGACGUCGUCGAAGGUGUUUUCGACGGCAUCCGUCGCACCCGGCGGGUUCGGGUACCUUACGCCUAAUCAAGUGAAACCUUCGGAGCAGAAACAACCUGCUGGGUAGCUUUGGAUAAUUUGCUGCUGUAGGAAACUAUGUUAUAACAACGUAGGAGGUAAUGUAGAAAUUAUACAUAUGUAUGUAUAUGUACGUAUGUACGUACUUCUUGGGGGUAGGGGUGGGGGUAGGGGUAGGGGUGGGGGUGGUUGUGAUUAACUGGGAAAAAGGGGAGUUUUUGCUUAAUGUAAGAAUAGAUUGACAAGAGGCAGGACAAUCUAAUCUACCAAGAAAAUGUCAAAAAAAAAAAAAAAAAGGAGAAA